GUAUAUGUAUGCAUCAUUUUGCUCUAUAAAACUUACACACAUUUGUUACAAUGGGUUCUGAUGUAGGAGAAGGAUCAUCAAAACCCCAUGCUGUGUUGAUUCCAUUUCCAGCUCAAGGGCAUAUCAACUCACUGUUGAAAUUAGCAAAGCUUCUUCAUCUUCAGGGCUUUUUCAUUACCUUCGUCAACACUGAGUUCACCUAUAAACGCUUGCUUAGAUCAAGAGGUGACAAAAUCUUUCAUGGCCUCCCAGAUUUUCAAUUUGAAACCAUCCCAGAUGGUCUUCCUCCUCCUCCUGAUGAAAAUGCAUCUCAGGACAUACCCUCUCUUGUUAAUGCCACCAGAAAGAACUUUCUCAUUCCCUUCAAGAACCUUCUUGCUAGACUCCAUGACUCUUCCUCUAAUGGCUUCAUCCCCCCAGUCACUUUGCUGCUCUCAGAUGUUUGCUUGGGAUUCAGUGUUGCGGCUGCCGAAGCUUUUCAGCUCCCCAUCAUUCUUCAUUGGCCUGCUAGUGCUUAUUCAUACUUAGCUUUUGUGCACUUUCAAAAUCUAGUUGAAAGAGGUCUUACACCACUCAAAGAUGAGAGUUAUCUAACAAAUGGAUACCUAGAGCAAGAAGUAGAUUGGAUUCCUGGUAUGAGAAACAUCAAGUUGAAAGAUCUCCCUUCCUUUUUGAGGACAACAGAUCCAAAUGACUUGUACCUCAACCUUUUCAUUGAAUUGGUGGAAAAGGCUCACAGAGCCUCUGCUAUUUGUUUCAACACAUUUGAUGUGCUUGAAGGUGAGGCAGUGAAAGCUCUUUCCUCCAUUUACGAAGCUCCUCUUUACACAAUAGGCCCUCUCCCUUCUUUUUUGAAUCAAAUUAAAGGUAAUGACCAGUUGGCAUCUACAAAUUUUAGUCUGUGGAAAGAAGAGAGUCAAUGCAUUGACUGGCUAGAAUCCAAGGAAUCCAGAUCUGUGAUUUAUGUGAAUUUUGGAAGCAUCACAAUCAUGUCCCCAGAACAAUUAUUCGAGUUCGCUUGGGGUUUAGCUAAUAGCAAGAAACCAUUCUUGUGGAUAAUAAGGCCUGACCUUGUAAAUGGUGGUUCAAUGAUUCUAUCACCUGAGUUUUUGAGCGAGACUAAGGAUAGAGGCUUCAUAGCUAGCUGGUGUGAACAAGAAAAAGUGUUAAACCAUCCUUCGAUUGGAGGAUUCCUGACUCAUUGUGGGUGGAAUUCCAUUACAGAGAGUAUUUGUGCAGGAGUUCCUUUGGCAUGUUGGCCAUUUUUUGGUGAUCAACAAACAAAUUGUAGGUAUGCUUGCAGAGAUUGGGAAAUUGGAAUUGAGAUAGAUAAUAAUGUGAAGAGAGAAGAUGUUGAGAAGAUUGUGAAUGAGUUAAUGGAAGGAGAGAAAGGGAAGAAGAUGAGACAAAAGGCUUUGGAGUGGAAGAAAAUUGCAGAAAAAGACACAAAACCGGGUGGAUCUUCAUACAUCAACUUGGAGAAAGUGAUCAAGGAUAUGCUGAUCAAAUAAAAAAAACUAGGGCGCGACCUGAAAAGUAAUAAUGGAGGCAACAAAUGGAUUAUUGGGUUUUGGAGUAAUAAGAAUAGGCUGGGAAAUGGGUUAAGGUUUUUAAUGUUAUAAGAACAUACAGAUGGAGUACGGGCAACACAUGAAGAAGAGUAUGAAGUAUUUUGAUGAAAUCAUCUCCUUGUAUAUGUUUCUUUACAUUUUAUUCUGCACUUUUCCUUGUGAUAAACUCAUAGCCUUGUGACUAUUCUUUUCAUUCAUACAAUUAAAGGUUAGU